CUAGCUUAUGAACACUUUGACGGAUUUGUCGUUCUACAUGGAACGGACACGUUAAGUUACACGGCGUCCGCUCUGUCUUUUAUGCUCGAAUCUUUAGGCAAGAUAGUUAUUUUAACCGGCUCCCAGGUCCCGAUUUUCGACAGCAGAAGCGACGGUUUGGACAACUUCCUGUCGUCGCUAAUAAUAGCCGCAAAUUACAACAUACCAGAAGUGUGCGUGUACUUCGGGACGAACUUGAUGAGAGGGAACCGCACCUGUAAAAUAUCAGCCACUUCGUUCGAAGCGUUCGAUUCGCCGAAUUUCCCACCUUUGGCCAAGGCCAACAUCAAGAUAGAAGUGGAUUAUCGGGCAAUAUUUCGACCGUGCACGUUGGAAAAGUUUCACGUACACACGUCCUUGAACAGGAAUGUUGGACUGCUGCGGAUAUUUCCAAGUAUGACGACACACUUGAUAAAGGCGUUUUUACAACCCCCGAUCGAAGGCGUUGUGCUACAAUCCUACGGAGCGGGGAACGUGCCCAUGAAUCGAGAGGAUAUAAUUAAUGAACUUUCCGCAGCGACGAGACGCGGUGUCAUUGUCGUUAAUAUUACACAAUGCGCGACUGGCUGUGUUACAAAUACGUACGCCUCUGGGAAAUUACUCGACGAAGCUGGUGCGUAG